AAUAUGGCACGCAGAUCUCGUACGAGUUACGAGUACGAAACUAACCGCGAGCUAAAAAACACGCGAAACAACGCAAUCAUGCGACAACUUGCCCGCGAGAAUCCACCCCCCUCUCCAUUACGUGAUCGUCAGCUUUCAUGUGUGCGUGUUAUCGCGUGUAGUCGUUCACAAGUAACGAUCUGUAGUAACGAUCGCUAUUCGUAGUCGCUGCGCGCCGUAUCUGUCAAUUCUUCGGUGCCGACGAGAUAUUACACGUAUCUCCUGACUGUGUUCCGGCAGAGGAAGAGCAGUUAACGCUGCACUGAGGAACUUUAUUACUUUUUCUUCGACGCAAAUCUGUACAUUUAUUUCAUUCUAAUGACAAAAAGUGCAACGUAGCUCAUCUAAUAAAGAAGACGGACCUACGAUUGGUGUAUACAAUGACGAGUUUGAGCAAAAUAAUAAGCAUAUGGAAAAACACAGAUGCUGUGACAUUUGAUGUAGACUCUACUGUCACUACAGAAGAAGGUAUCGAUGAGCUUGCAAAAUUUUGUGGCAAAGGAGAUCAAAUCACUGAAUUGACUAAACAAGCCAUGCAAGGUGAUAUGACAUUUCAACAAUCUUUAUCAGUGAGAUUGCGGAUCAUAAACCCAAGUUUAAUUCAAAUAAAAGAGUUUUUGUAUAUGCAUCAGCCAAAACUCACUAGUGGUAUCAAAGAGUUAGUAUCAACUUUACAAACUCGUGGGAAGCAAGUGUUUCUUAUUUCUGGAGGUUUCCAUUCUCUCAUUGCACCAAUUGCUGCACAACUUAACAUCCCACCUGAAAAUGUUUACGCUAAUAAAUUAAAGUUUUACUUUACAGGAGAAUAUGCUGGAUUUGAUGAAAAUCAACCAACCUCUAAAAGUGGUGGAAAAGCAGAAGUAAUACGUCAUCUUAAAGAAGAGAAAAGAUUUAAGACUAUAGUACAUAUCGGUGAUGGUGCUACAGACUUAGAAGCAUCGCCACCAGCAGAUGCUUUUAUAGGAUUUGGUGGAAAUGUAAUUAGAGAAAAUGUUAAGUCACGCGCGGAAUGGUAUGUGACGAAUUUUAACGACCUCACCAAAAUUUUAUAACCAAAAUUACAGAAAUGAUGUAAUAUAUCUUGUAAAAUGUUAAUAUCAAAAUAAUGUAAUAUAUCUUGUAAAAUGUUAAUGUUGAACUAUUCUACAAGAAUGUCAAUUGUAAUUUAAAAAUUUUUAAAUAUUGUAAUUUUUAAAUAUUUCGACGGAAUUAGAUUCACAAGUAACGUUUUAUUCUACACACAAAUAUAAUGUACAUUACAUGUAUUAAUGUAAUUUCAAAGAUGAUGUAUAAUCUACAUAUACACAUUUCAUUGUAUCAACCGAUAAUUGUUAUUACCAUAACAGCUAUUUUCGUUUAUAAUUCUGUACAUAAUUACAUUGUAUUGUAAUUUAUAUUAUUUGUGUACAAAAUUGCUGUUCAUAAACAAAUCGAAUACCAAGCAAUAAGAUCUCAAUAAAGCAUGUAAAAAAUAACGUGUUGUGCGGUGAAA